GCACCACAAAACUGCAGUUUUGUUUUGAUAUGCUGGCCAAAAACAUUACUGUUUUCGGCUGCAACGAAACUGCUAAUCCCAGUGGGCAAGAGUUAAAUCAAGCUCGGUACUUGUUUUAGUGGAAGUUUGCUAAACUCUCUGUAAAGAAUACAAAUAAUCGAUAUGCACAGGUCAAGCAUAAGUAGUUAAGCAUGAAUGUUAAGUGACCGAAAUUCGAGGUGGCAUUAGGUCAUCACUCUCAUUAACUUUCGGCCACUCUGGAGAGUUGAAGAGGGGACACAAAAUAAGAAGAAAGCAAUCACACAGUAUGAUAUCGCCGAAACGAGUUAAAUCACACCAGCAGCAGCAGCAGCAUAAGUUUAGUUCACAUUUAGUGCGAUAAGUUUAAUGUGAGUUGAGAGUUUAGUAGAUUUCGCAGCAAUAAAGCAAUAAGAAGAGGCUUAAUUACGGAAUAGCAUUUCUGUAGCAAAAGGCGAAAAAUCAUGACGAAUCCCCGCAUAAAUUGGGGAGAAUUGUUCCCCAACAAAAAGAGCAUCAUCAUCUUCCUAACUUACAUGUCCCUGUUUGUAAGUCAGGGCAUUCUCGUAACCGCUUCCCAGCGGGCCGAUAACAGCUAUAGCUACAACACGGUACUCGUGGUACUGCUGACCGAAAUCCUCAAACUAGUCAUCUCCACUUUGCUUUACUGUAGAGAAAACUCGUUCCAUUCACUAGUGUCGAGGGUCGUCGAGGGCCGCCAGGUGCUGGCGCUGUACUUUGUGCCUGCCUUUUUGUACUGUUUGUACAACAAUCUCGCGUUUGUUAAUCUAUCUACGUUCGAUCCCACCACCUACUAUCUGCUGCUGCAGCUGCGGGUCGUCAUUACCGGGGUGUUGUUUCAGAUAAUUUUCAAGAAAUCUCUUAGCCGGAAGCAAUGGUUUUCCCUUUGUCUGCUCACGCUGGGCUGCAUGCUGAAGCAGUGGAACUUUACGCUGCCAGGGUCGUCCGGAGACGGCGCGGCAGAGCAGCAAAAGUCGGACGAUGGCAGCACCUUCCACGGUAAAAACAUUUCGGGCUUCGAUCUCAGCUUCAGCGCCGUGUUGAUCCUGGUGCAGACGGUUUGUUCCUGUCUGGCCGGCGUGUACAACGAGUACCUGCUGAAGCGCAAGGGCUCGGACAUCAACAUCUACGUGCAGAACGUGUUCAUGUACCUGGAUUCGAUCGUGUGCAAUCUGUUUAUUCUGAUGUUCCGUGGCGAGCUGGCCGCCGUCGUGACGCGCGAGCAUUUGGCCGAGGUGUUCCGCUUCGAGGUGCUCGUGAUUAUGGUGAACAACGCCGCGAUCGGAAUCAUCACCAGCUUCUUCCUCAAGUACAUGAACUCGAUCCUGAAGACGUUCGCGAGCGCCCUCGAACUCAUGUUCACCGCCAUUCUGUGUUAUCUGCUGUUCUCGAUUCCGAUUUAUUUGAACACCGUGCUGGCGAUAUUCGUCGUCUCGUACUCGAUCUAUCUGUACUCGCUGAAUCCGGUCGUCAAUCUUGCCAACAAACCUGGCGUCCCCAGCGGUGAGGGUAAAGCCAAGGACGAAAGCCGGAAGGCACUACUCAACGAGGACGACGUCGAACUGCAGAUGGAGGACGUUUAGCUGGCGAAACACCAAAAGAAAGGCUAACCGUAACGUGGCUUAAAACUGUUUUCCCCCCAUCCCUUUAGGUUAGCGAGAUCGGCUGCAAGCAGUCGAAUUUAAGCAAGAGCGACCACGCAUCGACUAUUUAUGUACUAUUUUUAACAGAUUUAUUCAAGUAUUUUGUUUUUGAGAACGGUGAUGUCCAAUAAAGUAAACUUAGUUAACUUGUGAA